CUACAUCAACGCCAGCAGCAUUGACCACCUUCUGUAAAAAUGGGGAAGCAAAGACGGGCCCAAUUAGCCUGAUUUUGCUGCCAACCUCAACCUUGACACAAUUCAUCCAUCGUUGAAACAUCCCCUUUUUUCGUUCGCAAAAACGUAGCAUCGCUAAUAUGUACUACACAUCGCACAGAAUAAGAGGAGGAGCUUAUGGUUCCAUUCCAUUUGACGGGAGGAGGCGUGUCCGGCUGCUGGUACGGCAGACAUACAGGCAGCCUUUGGAUAAAGUAAUAGGAGAAAAAGGGACACACGCACAUCACUCUCCACUUCACAAAGGAGAGAGACAGUCAGUCAGAGUUUCACCAAACCGCAGAUAUUCGAGCGAAACCUGUGGCACUCGUUCCGAUACCUUCACCCGACCGCCAUCUCUGAUAUUGUACGUCUCGAAUAGAUCAUUCGCUGCUGCUGAGAAUCCACGCGCGAUUACCCGGAACAUGGGCAAGAAAGAAGAGAGAGGCAUACCCAACGCGGCGUUCGUUCAGGACGAUGACGACAUCUCUGGCAGAGGCAACAAAGGACUCCCUGCCCAGGUGCAACCACCUCAUUCCGCUAUAGCUGCUAGUUCCGAUGUCUUCAGUUCAGCAGAGGUGAACGAGAGUGAUGAAGGCCAACAACGCGAUACCUGGGGAAAUCCAGUUGAAUUUCUCAUGUCAUGCAUUUCACUAUCAGUCGGAUUGGGCAACAUCUGGCGGUUCCCUUUCACAGCUUACGAAAACGGCGGUGGAGCUUUUUUGAUUCCGUAUCUAGUCGUGCUACUUCUGAUCGGAAAACCGCUCUAUUUCUUGGAGAUGAUCUUGGGCCAGUUCAGUAGCUACGGAUCUGUCAAGGUCUGGGCCGUCGUUCCCAUUGCCAAAGGCGUGGGUUACGGAGGUGCACUUGCGACAUGGUUCGUUGUGACCUACUACUGCUGUUUAAUGGCCCUGACCGUCUUCUACUUCUUCUCGUCGUUCCAACCGUCCUUGCCGUGGACAGUGUGCGAUCCAGCCUGGGCCACUGCCACCUGCUAUAACAGCGGCAGCGCAAGCAACUUGACCGGCCUGGUCAAUUUGACUGGUCGGACAUCUAGCGCAGAAGAAUUUUUCAAUCAUAACGUCCUGCAAAAGAUAAUCAAUAUCGACGAUGGCGUUGGCAUUCCUGAAUGGCGACUGACCUUGUGCCUCCUCUUUUCUUGGAUCAUCAUCGCCCUCAUCUUGAUGAAAGGUGUGGCCUCGUCCGGCAAAGCCGCUUACUUCACGGCCAUUUUCCCGUACGUUGUACUCGUUACUCUACUCAUCCGUGGUGUGACACUUGAGGGCGCAGUCGACGGCAUUCUUUUCUUCAUCACCCCGCAGUGGGACAAAAUCCUUACUCCUCAGGUGUGGUACGCAGCCGUGACGCAAUGUUUCUUUUCGCUGUCUGUCGGAUUUGGGCCGAUCAUCAUGAACGCCAGCUAUAACGGAUUCCGGCAUAGAAUCUACCGAGAUGCCACAAUCGUCAGUUUCAUGGAUACUUUUACGAGUUUGUUGGCUGGCGUCACCAUUUUCUCCAUUCUGGGCAAUUUGGCUCACGAAUCGGGCAAACCGAUUGAAACUGUCGUUCAAGGCGGAACCGGAUUGGCUUUCAUUUCCUAUCCGGAAGCGAUUUCCAAGUUUGACGUUGUACCGCAACUGUUUGCCGUACUCUUCUUCCUCAUGCUGUUCACCCUUGGAGUCGGUAGUGCCGUCUCGCUGACCGGUUGCGUCAUUACCGUCAUUUGUGACGCUUUUCCCGACUGGAAAAGAUGGAUGGUUACGAUCGUUAUCUGCGCCACCGGUUUCCUUCUCGGUCUUGUCUACGUCACGCCGGGAGGACAACAUGUCCUGGACGUUGUUGAUUUUUUCGGUGGUGGUUUCAUUAUUUUCGUCAUCGCUGUUAUCGAAACAAUCGCCAUCUGUUGGAUUUAUGGAUUGAAGAAUUUCUUACGCGAUGUUGAAUUCAUGUUGGGCAUCCGUCUCGGCAUCUACUGGAAGUUCACCUGGGGUCUUUUCAUCCCUCUUUCGCUCGUGGGCAUCUUCAUUUAUUCUCUGGCCAACUUCCGCACGUUUGUUACUGAUGGCUACGUUUAUCCGGCCUCUUUGACUGGUUCCGGUUGGGUACUCGCCGCUCUGGCCCUUCUCCAGGUUCCCAUUUGGGCUGUUGUCUCCAUAGUCAAACGAAAGGGUUCCGCACUAGACCGGAUAAAGGCUAGCUUGACACCUACGGAAAAUUGGGGACCCCAAGACAUGAAGACACGCUCACAAUGGAUUCUUUUCAAAUCAGACGAUUCUGCCGAACACAAAUCUUGGGCUUGGUGGAUACCGAAAUGUGUCAAGAAGAUCAUCAAGAUUGACGGACACUCGUUCAAACCUGGUCACGCCUCCCAGUCUACGGUUGCCAUUGUCCAGCUAGAAGUGCAGGAAAAUGGCAAUAACAAUAAAUGAAACUGACGUCCCCUUCAAUUUCAGAAAGUCUGGUACCAAAUUGCCAGACGUGUCAUUCGCCCAUGGGCUCAACCCACUUUUACAAAGUGACUUUAGGUCUGAAAGAAAAGACCUUAUACUAAUUAGUAAGUAAUCUCACUAUGUUACCUUUAUAUGGCCAGUAGUUUAGACCAGUAUUUUAAGACACAUUGACGAACGUUCCGUAGUUAUGCAUCAGCGUCGUGUCACUGUGUUGAACAUUAUGAAUAAUCAUCUUUUGCCAUAGCCCAUGUUAUUUGGUUAGCAAUGUCCAUUGACUAAUGUGAUCAACAGUUUUCUUCCUAUCAACGACGAGCGUCCAUUAUUUACCCAGCAUGUCUAUAUGUUUUUAUUCGUUAAUGUGAACAUUGAACAACAGUAUGUAGCGCUGCGAAUCGAUUGAGCAUCGUUAUAAUAGAUGAAUUCCCAUUUAUACUACCAAUCCACACGUUUAUAACUGCGUUUUACGGAAUACAUACGUUUUCGAAAA